CCAAAGAGCGAUUAGCCAUUUUAUGAAUUCUUUGCAAAGUGUUCAUUUUUUGUGUAGUGAAAAGAGAUGUUAAAGGUUAAUAUUUUAAAGACUGAUAAUUUAGGCAUAUCAUGCAUAGUUAGAAGAUGUUAUGAUGUUUUGAGAAGGUGUUUUGAAUGCUAAGUGGUAAUUCGAUCCUCUCCUGGUGGGACGUGACAAUUAGGACGUAGCCCCUUGUUCUUGUGUAAAGUAAGUAAAGUUUGUUUGUGUUUUAAACAACUUUGAACAUUUUCUCGGAUUAUGUUAAAUCUUAAAGAUGUUUUAAUGUUAAAUCGUAAAUAAGAUUAUUUUUUUUUAACUAAAUCUAUUAAUGUUACUGAUUAUAUACAAUCUAGCCUGCAAAUGGAUAAAUAGAUAGUUAGACAUGAAUGGUUUUACUGUGGUAGCGAUAGUUUAACUGUUUUCAUUACUGUAUUUUUUUUUAUAAUAUAAAACAACAGUAAAACUCCAAAAUACACUACCAGUCAGAAGUCUUUGAACAGUAAGAUUUUUAAUGUUUUUUAAAGAAUCUCUUGUGCUCACCAAUCCUGCAUUUAUUUGAUCCAAAGUACAGCAAAAUACAGUACAAUUUUGAAAUAUUUGUACUAUUUAAAAUAUCAGUUUUCUAUUUGAAUAUAUUUUAAAAUUUAAUAUAUUCAUGUGAUUUGAAUUUUUAGCAUCAUUACUUCAGUCACAUGACCCUUCAGAAAUCAUUCUAAUAUUCUGAUUUGCUGCUCAAAAAAAAAUUAUGUUGAAAACAGCUGAGUAGAAUAUUGUUCAAGUUUCUUCUAUUAAUAGAAAGUUCAGAAGAACAGCAUUUAUCUGAAACAGAAAUUUUUGUAGCGUUAUAUUUGUCUUUAUCAUCACUUUUGAUCAUUUUAAAGCAUCAUUGCUAAAUAAAAGUAUUUAUUUCUAGAAUUUCUUUCCCAAAAAAUAUACUCCAGACUUAUAAUAAUAUAACAGACUCCAAGCUUUUGCAUGGUAUAGUGUAUAAUAUUACAAAAAGCUUUUUAUCUCAGAUAAAUACUGAGCUUUGUAUUAUCAAAAAAUCCAGAAAAAAAAGUAUUCAACUGUUUUAAAUAUUGAUAAUAAUAAUAAUAAAUGUUUCUUGAACAGCAAAUCAGCAUAUUAGAAUGAUUUCUAUCUAUACAUUUUCAUGAUGGUGAAAAUGUAGAUUUGAUCACAGGAAUAAAUGACAUUUUAAAAUAUAUUCAAGUUAUUUUUACUGUUUUUUCUGUACUUCGGAUCAAAUAAAUACAGGCUUGGUGAGCAGAAAAGACUUCUUUAAAAAGCAUUAAAAUUUUACUGUUCAAAAAUGUGUAUGUAAUUGUGGUAUCUGUAAUUAAACCAUAGUAACAACAUAUAAGCACAGCAAACCACAGCCUAACCAGUCUAAACAUUAUGUUUGUGCAACCAUGUAACUGUAACGACAGUCAACAUCUCCUCUGUUACAUUACAGUUACAGUUUCAUGAGGUGAAAUUUAAGCUUGACAUGGAAAAUUGGGAUAUCCCCUAGAUGAGAAAGCAGAGUGUAUUUGAGUGUGUGUUUUCAACAGGAGGCGCAGCGUCUCUCAUAGUGUAAAAUGUCUGUCUCUGCUUGAGCCGUGUUUCUUCCUGCUCUGACGCUGGACUGCCCUCCACUGAAACUAAAACAAAGAUGACAAGGCCGCUAAUUUUGUGUAAGUGUCCGCAUCAGAGAGUCGCAGCAUAUCUCCAAACAUCAUAUUAGCACACAGACCCGGCUGGUACUGGAGUGUCAACACGAUAUAUUCCCGCCUGAAGUAGUCAGUCGGCGGCGGCAUGUCGCUGAGCUCAGGCGGGUGGACUCACACACCUCCGCCGGCCCAGUCUUCAUCGUCUCAUCUCGGCCAUGAGGCCUCGCAGUCGGCCUGCAGCACUGUUUUGAUGUCGGUGAAGGUGUCAGUAUGCCACUCAGGUAUACGACCGCUUUGUCUCCCGGGUGCCGGAGACGAAUCUCUCCGUCUUCAGCUGAGUAUGGACCCGGGGAAGGCAGGGGAAUUCCGCCUCGCGUUGCGGGACAUCAGCGGAACAGCGGCUGGACGCAGCGUGUCCAUUGCUGAGUUUGACCUCAAGACUGUUCGCUAUGAAGUCAAGUCCCCAGCGUGCCAUGAACUGAGUUUGGCAACACCACCACAUGAUCGUAUCACUUUUAACUUCCGCUGUGAGCAGGAAGCACAGGAGUGGGCCACUGUAGUAAUGUCAUCACUCCGUGAGGCACAUAGAGUGGCGAUUAGUUCCUCUAGUGAAGAAAGACGGCUACCUCCUCAGCCUGUGGAUGCACCGAGCAAUGCGCCCAUGCCACGUACAGAGGAUAUAUGUGUGGAGCUGGUUAGCGCAAUAGAGGCAGGUGAUGUUCGGGCGGCAUCGGUCUGUGCAUCAUCUUUAGCUAAACAGAGAGCUGCUCUGAGCAUUCAGCCAUCUAAACGAAAUUACACAGACACUGAAAUUAGCCUGGCUGUGGUGGUAGAGGAUGCAUCCUCUUCCUGUUGUGUCACAGUGCAAGUCUUCCCUCACUCCACAAUUGGUGCUCUCAAACAGCAGGUCUUCACAGACUAUGGUUUUCAUCCGCGCGUGCAACGCUGGGUCAUCGGCCAGUCUUUGUGCUCUGAACACCGCUCUCUGGCUUCCUAUGGAGUUCAACGAGAUGGCGACACUGCGUUCCUUUAUCUAAUUUCUGCCCGUCAGGCUCGUCUCAGUCAAGGGCUUUACCAACAAGAUCAGGAAAGCGCUUUGCUCAUGCCGGCUGUGGUGCCAACAAAUAAUCAACCCCACCAAGAAGCAGUUACCAAUGGGCCAGCACUGAACACAGCCUCAAGACCAUACAGCACCCUGCCUACAAGACUUCACAACAGCCAUAAUACCCUGAGUAACAGUGCGGGAGGUACAGAGAGGUUGGGUUUGGGUGAUAUUCGUGACCUCAUCAACCUUGAGCUGCCGCAGCUGAAUGACGCCCUGUCGCCCAACAGAACAAGCACACAGCUGGGAUGGGCCUGCCCAACCUGUACAUAUAUUAAUAAACCGACACGUCCCGGCUGUGAAAUGUGUAGCGCAGACAGACCUGAAGGCUACACUGUUCCCGGUAACUACAGACCAGAUGCUCUGGAGCUAAGACGCAUUCAACAGGAAAAAGAAGCAAUAAGGCAGUAUCAACAGGCCAGAGAAGCAGAACGCAGGGAGAACUUUGCACGUCUGGUCCAGAUGGAUGGACAAGAUCUGAUUCCUAACCCAGAGAGAGUGGAGUGCAGGAUCUGCUAUGUGGAGCUUGAGCCUGGAGAGGGAGUCCUGCUCCGAGAGUGUCUCCACUGCUUCUGCAAAGAGUGUCUGCGCUCUGUGAUUCUGAUGUCGGAGGAUCCUCAGGUGGCAUGUCCAUACAGAGACGAGGCCUACGCUUGCGACUGCAUCUUGCAAGAAAGAGAAAUCAGAGCUCUGGUGUCAGUAGAUGAUUAUGAGCGCUGGUUGCAGAGGGGUCUUUCUGUCGCGGAGUCUCGAUGUGAGGGCAGUUAUCACUGUGCUACAGCAGACUGUCCCGGCUGGUGUGUUUAUGAAGACACUGUCAACACUUUCCACUGCCCUGUGUGCAAAAAACACAACUGCCUGCUCUGCAAGGCUAUUCAUGAAGGGAUGAAUUGUAAGCAGUAUCAGGAUGAUAUAGCAGCUCGUGCCAUCAAUGACUCUGCAGCUCGAAGAACCAGAGACCUGCUAAAGACUCUUGUUAAUUCUGGAGAGGCGAUGCAUUGCCCUCAGUGUGGCAUCAUUGUGCAGAAGAAGGAGGGCUGUGAUUGGCUCCGUUGUACUGUCUGCCACACUGAGAUCUGCUGGGUCACCAGAGGACCUCGCUGGGGGCCCAAAGGUCCUGGAGACACAAGUGGAGGCUGCCGCUGCAAUGUCAACAAACAGAGAUGCCAUCCAAAAUGCCAGAACUGUCACUAAAGGGAAGAGUAGAGAGAGAGGAGCAGGUACGAGUAAGAAAGAGCGUAGUGUCAUCUCAUGGGAGUUUAUGACGUUAUGAAAGCUUUUGACUGUUGCCAGGUCUGUGUAACAAAACCAGCCCAAUUGGUCCUCAAAACUAGCCCGACUGCGUUCCAGGUAGUCAAAAACCUGCUUCCAUGGGGUCCCACCUUGGCUGUAAUUAUAUUCCAGGGGGGUGGGUGAUUUUGCAGACUGUAUGAAGGCAGCAAUAUGAAAGUAGCUCAAUUCUGUGGACUUGGCAACACUGACAGACACACACACUUAGAGUCUGAGCUGACAUAUGCUGUCCACCUUUUAUGCUUUUAACUGCAAUAUAGAAAUAUGUAGGCUUGUUGUGCAACAAUUGUCUCAAUGGAGCAUUUUACAUGAAGGCACAGAGGGAAAUCCACUUGAAAACUGACUCCUAUUGGACAGCUACUGUAUCUAGUCUAGUCAGCAUCCUAAUAUUGUUUAAUUAUUACAAAGAUCCACAGAAAAGCUUUAAAUUCUCUCAACUGUAUGUUAUAUAACAAAUAUCACCUAUACUAUGAAAGCAUUAUUUUUUAGGAUAGACUGCAAAAUGAAGGUGACAUUUCUGUUUGAAUGGCUUGUGAAUAUGUUCACACUUAACUACUACAAAGUAGUUAAGUGAGUGUUGCCAUGCUAUAACUGUUUAGUUAUUCAAGACAGAAUCGCUAUUAAGGAGGUGCUUAAAUUAGUGAUUUGUGAAUGAACUGUUCUUCUAAACCAGUUCUUUUUAAUGAUUCAGUCAACUGGUUUACAGAUCACUCAAGUAAAAAAAAGUGAUGUAGGUGGCUUGUCGGAACCUUAAUUUAAAAACAUUCUGAUAAAAAUAGAUUUUUAAUGCAAAUACAAGAGAUGACACAUGGGAAUUUUUUUUUAAUCAUUUUUAAUCUCUUCAUUAAAAAAUGUAUUUAAACCAUCUGAUGAAAUGAUCCCAGGAGAAUAAAAAUGAAGCCAAAGCUAAUCUGAAGCUGCCGACGAAAAAUGAAAAUAAGGGAAUGAUUACAAUGCACUUACACAAAUACUUGUGUAUUUGUCUUGUCUUACUUUUAAAGCUAUACUACACUGUUAAGACCUGUUACUGAAAGUGCCUUAUCUUGCCUGUUUCAGUCUCCAUCAUGUAACCAAUAACCACUAGUUUUGCAGUGUUACAUUUAUUAUUAUAUAGUAAAUUUUAAAUAGUAUACGUUCCUGUUGUUGUAGAUUUGUGAUCCAGGCUAAUUUAUGUGUGCAGUGUUUUCACCUUUACCACCAACUUUCGUGUAUUUUGUGCAGAAAGAUUAACACCAUACAUUAUACUGCUUUAAGAUAUGACUGUUUGUUUAUAAGUUGGAUGUAAUUAAUGUGUAGCCUAGUUAUUUAGUAUUAUUUUAAUGUUACAUUGCAAUGUUAUGCUAAUUUAAGUAGCAGGAGUAGUAAAGAGCAGGGACAUGAGGCUUGUGUGUGAAAUCCUCAAGACUGUUAAAAGCCAAAGGACAGAUGCAACUUCCAAAGCUUUGAAUCUAUGCACUGAAAAAAAAAGUCAGCACCCAAAGCAUCUACUUAUGCAUCAAAAUGAACAUUUCAAAAUGUUUCCACAAGACAAAGAAUUUUCUUCAGUUUACUAUUUUUUAUGUGCACCUAAAAGGGAAAUUUUGUGUUGUUUUGUUGUUGUUGUGACUGAGAAUUCAGUGGAGUUAUGCAGUAUGUUUGUGUGAUUGCAAAACAGUCUUUAGUGAGGGGCCGUUCAUCCUUUCGCAUGAUAUUAUGAACCUCACUAAUGUUCAAAUAUGUGCACUAUGAACUUCAAGUCGAGUGUAUUUGCAUGUACCACAGAAGAAAAAGUGAAAAGUGAAAACGGAAAGGUCCCUGCACCUGCAGAAAUCUCACUUUAAUUCAGUAGAAUAAUCUGACCUCAGGGUUGCAAGUCUUAAAGAGUGCCUUACAGAUUGUAGUACUGAGCACCUGUAUUGACAAUAUUUAAAGCUGUUAAGAUAUUCUCAUUAUUACGUGUUUGGACUAAUUUAACAUGCUUCACAUAUAGUUCUUAAAUAAAAAUAAAUAAAUAACCAACCUGAAUUGUAUUGAACUGUUGUACUUUGUUCUUCACUGUGGGAAUUGAAAUGCAAACACUUGCUAAAUGUCAGCAAAUCUGAUUUUGGUUGAGUCCUGAAUGGACUCCCACACACACAGAGACAUAAUUUAGUUUUAUUGAGGUGAAGAGAAAGCAUCAAUCAUCAAACGUUAUAUAUCCACCUUUUUUUUCCUGUAAGAGUGGGUGCAGCGUUUUUUUUUUUUAUUUUAUGGGUCUGACUUCCCGUUUCAUCCGCGUCAAGCUAUUUUUAGCUGUACAAAACAGCUUGUUUUGCUGCUUGAUAUUGCAAAUUGGUGUGUCUUACCAUGUUAUUUUAAUGUAUUAUCUUAAUUAUGAACACACUGGUUUGUAGUGCAAACAGUUUUACAGUUUACAGCACGUUAUUAUUCUUCUCAUUGUUUCUCUAUAGAAAUAAUGACCCAUAGGCUUACUUCCAUGAAGAAAAAGGUGGAUAGGUUUUGUUCCACAGACUGAAAAAAACAGGUAUAAGCUUCAUGAAUAAUGUUAAAACUUUAUUAAACAGCUCAAACUAACAAAACCAAGCUUUACAGUUAGUGUUUGAAUUCAGACACGCUGAUUAAGUGCUUUUCACUUGUUGCAGUGGAGUCAAAAACAUUUACAUUAUAAAGAAAUGAACAAAAAUCAAAGUAAAAAAAAAAAAAAAAAAAAACAGAA